CCCCCGGCCUGGCCAACGCCGCUGCCGCUUUGUGCCGCGUCGCAGCGCCCGGACCGCGAAGACCACGAAGAGGCACCGGCACCGACGAGCCGCAGCAGCCGCCACCGCGCGCCGCCGCGUCCGCACGCCCCGACGCGGGCAGCCCACGCCUAGCGCCACGGCGGGGGCCGCGCCCGAGGCGUGCCGGCCGCCCCCGCCCGCCCGCGCCGCCGCGCGGCCCCCGCCGCCGCGCGCGCCCCGCGGCCGCCCGCCGGCGGCGCGCGCGGACCCGCGCGGGCCGCCCGCUCGCGCGCCAACUGCCGCGCGGGCGCGGCCCGCCGGGGACCCCCUCGCCCGCCCCGGACGCGCGGCCCCCUCACGGUUGCACACGCAGGUCCGCCGCCGCCGCCGCCGCCGGGGACGAUGAAGGCGCGCCGCAGGAGCCGCCUCGCCGCGCUCGCGCUGGUCGUCGGCCGCGCGGCCGCGCAGACGCCGACCGCGUCUCCGACCUUCGAGACGUGGACGCCGACGUCGAAGCCGACGGAUCGUCCGUCCAACACGCCGACGACCGGCGCGCCGACGUACUGGACGCCGGCGCCCUUCGCGGCGCCGCCGGACGACUACGACCGCGACACGUUCGACCACGACCCCGGCACGUGCGGCAACUACGCGCCGAACGAGGUCUACACGGCGGAGGCGCUCGGGCUGAAGGGCGCCUACGCACUCGCCAACGACGGCGUGGACGGGGACUGCUGCUACGAGUACGUCCACAACGACUGCACGCACAACCCGACGGGCUUGCCGACCCUGGUGCCCACCGCGCUCCCGACAACCCAGCCCUCGGCGCUGCCCACGGUCGAGAAGCCGACGCCCAUGCCGGUCUCGGACCCGACGAAGGUCCCGACGACCCUACCGACGUCGACGCCGACCUCGGCGCCGACGAAGGCGCCGACGAAGGUCCCGACGUCCCUCCCGACAUCCGUGCCGACGUCGGAGCCGUCGGAGGCGCCGUCGCCGGCGCCGUCGAAGGUCCCGACGGGCGUUCCGACGGAGCAGGACCCGACACCUUUGCCGACGAGCCCACCGUCGGCGGAGCCGACGUUAAUCCCGUCUCCGACGCCGACGACGCCGCCGUCGUCGGCGCCCUCAGAGGCGCCGGUACCGGCGCCCACGAAACCCCCCACAUCCAUACCGACCACUCUGCCUACUUCGGAGCCGACGCCCACGUUCUCGCCGACGCGCACCCCGACGACCGUGCCGACGCCGGUCCCAAUCUCCAAACCGACGCCGGGACCGUCAGCCGUGCCGACUCUCGUCCCGACCUCGUCGCCGUCGGCAAAGCCGACGUCCGAGCCGACGAAGUCGCCGACGACGAUCCCGACCUCGCUGCCGACGGCGAGCCCGACGCCUUCGCCGUCGGCACCGCCGACCUCGGUGCCGACGUCGCCGACGUUUUUGCCAACUCCCCUCCCGAGCUCGGUGCCGACGUCGCGGCCGUCCGCCUUGCCGACGGCGUCCUGGUCGCCGACUGACUUGCCGACGUCCGUGCCGACGGCGCAGCCCCAGGUCUCGGCCAAACCGACGGGGGUGCCGACCACGGUCCCGACGAGCGAGCCGACGAUCCCCCUGCCGACGUCCGUGCCGACGGGCAUCCCGACACCGGACCCGUCCGUGUCGCCGACGCCCGCGCCGACCGUGCAGCCGACGAACGGCGACUGCCUCGAGAAGAUCACGGACUUCUGCCAGUGCACGUACGUGCUCUUCGAGGUCUCGCACACGCUCGCGCCGACGCCGGCGCCCACGACGGCGGUGCCCUCGCCGGGCCCGACGCCUGCGCCCACGCCGGUGCCCACGCCGGCGCCCACGCCCCGGCCCUCGGAACAAAAACCCCCGGGCGCUCCCGAUCCGACGCCGAAGCCGACGCGGGUGCCGCGGCCCAGUCCGACCCGGGCCCCGACGAACGUGCCGACCUCGGUCCCGACGACGCCGCCGUCCCCCGAGCCGUCCGCCGUCCCGACGACGAUGCCGACGUCCCGCCCGACGACCACCCCGACGCCCGCGCCGACGCCUCUGCCGACGCUCCCCCCGACAUCCGUGCCAACGUCCAUUCCGACGCCCGCGCCGAUCCCGGUGCCGACGAAAAUCCCGACGAGCGUCCCGACGUCGCUCCCGACGAGCGACCCGACGGGCGUGCCGGUACCCGUCCCGACGGGCGCGCCGACGUUACCUCCGACGAGCGCUCCUUCGGCAAGCCCGACCUUCGACAGCUUCGCCCCGACGGCCAUGCCGACGACGGGAGCGCCGACGGUGAAUCCGACGCUCGUCCCGACGUCCGUGCCGACGACCGAGCCGACGUCAGCGCCGACGAAAGUGCCCACCGCGCAGCCGUCGCUCGAGCCCACGUGGCAAUCCCAAGCUCCAACCAAAACCCCGACGUCCGUGCCGACGACCGAGCCGACGUCCCAGCCGACAAGCGUGCCGUCCGGCGUGCCGACGAGCGCGCCGACGUCCCGGCCGACGCUGCCGCCGUCGCCCGUCCCGACGCCGUCGCCCACGGCCAUGUGCCCUGCCAUGGCGUGGCUCGAGGGCGAUAUGACGACGACCGGCUCCAUGACGGCCCGGACCCGAGGGGCUCGAGGGGCUCCAUGGACUGCGCACGAGGGCCCCGAGGCCAUCACCAGCGCGGAGGACAUCCGCGCCCAGGGCGGGCUUCUGGUCCUCGACCACAACAGGAAUUGGGGCAUCAAGGCCACGUGCUCCAACAACGCGGCCAAAAGUUGCGAGAGAGAUGAGGAUUGCGAUCCCGGCAACACAUGCGAGGCCAACGGCUGGGAGGGCGGCGUCAACCCGGCGAGCGGCAUCGACGCCUGCUGCCGCUUCGUGCAGACGACGUGCCCGACGCCGCUGCCGUCGUCCGCGCCGACGUCGCCGCCGUCGCCGAGCCCGACGCUGCUGCCGUCGACGACCCCGACCAGCGUGCCGUCGAGCGUGCCCACGGUGCCGCCGUCGGAGACGCCGACGUCCGUCCCGACGGCCGAGCCCUCGGGAACCCCGACGAUGAUGCCGACGCCGCGGCCGACGUUCACGCGCUACCCCUCGCCCGUGCCGACGAUUCCCGCGCCCUCGCCCAUCCCGACGAGCGUGCCCACGCCCUGGCCGACGACGGCGGUGCCCUCGCCGGGCCCGACGCCCGCGCCCACGCCGGCGCCCACGCCGGCGCCGACGAGCUGCCGCUGCGUCGCGUACUACGGCGUCAACCGCAACGUCGGCAACUUUGCGUUCCGCGACGACGGCCUCGUCUACGGCAGCCUGCCCGCGGUCAACCCGGCGUCGGAGCACUACGACCUCGCCUGGGCCGCCGGCGCGACGCUCAAGGACGGCUUCGACUGGGACGACUACCUGGCGGCGCGGGAGCACUUCUCCACGAUAGCCACGAAGCAAGCGAACGCGGCCUCCUUCGCCGCGAAGAACGACUACGCGCCGCUGGGACCGGGCGCCGCGGGGAAGAACGGCGUGAUUGCGAACACCGGGAACAUCACCGCGGCAGAGCUCGCGCUGCAGGACGGGGGAACGACCCCCCCCAACAAGUACAGCUACAACAUCACGGACAUGGACAAGCGGUGCAUCUACCGCAUGGAACCGGAGCCGUCGGCCGCGCCGACGCCCAAGCCGUCCAUCCCGCCGGGCGUGGCGGCGCCGACGCUCGCGCCGACGGUCACGCAGGCCGUCGUCGAGGUCUCGGCCGCGGUCGUGCUCACGGGCAUCGACCCCACCGACUUCAACUCCGACCCGCAGCAGGUCGAGGCCUUCGCGCAAACGAUCCUCGCGACCCUGCCCGCGGAGCUCGCGGGCGCCGAGGUCACGGACAUCCGAGCCAAGUCCGCGCGUCGGCGGCGACUCCAAGCGGGCAGCGUCGAGGUCGAGUACACGAUCGUCGUCCGACAGGACGCGACUACCGUGUCAGACGGCGGCCAGAGCAUCUUCAGCGACAUUACGACGUCGCUUUCCGCGGCCGUGUCGAGCGGCGAGUUCCUCCAGACGCUCAUCGAAGAGGCGGCCGCGGCGGGCGGGUCCGCCGCGAUGGCGUUCAUGACGAUCGACGUCGACGUGACGGCGUCGACCGCGGCGAUCAGUUCGGCGACCCUGACGCUCGUCAUCACGACGCCGGCCCCCGUGGUGGCGACGCCGGCCCCCGUGGUGGCCCCGGCCGCCGCCGCCGCCGCCGGCGGCGGCGGCGGCGGCGGCGGCGGCAGCGACGGCGGCCUGCUGAUCAUCAUCAUCGUGGUCGUCGUCGUCGUCGUCAUCGGCGGCGGCGCGGCGGCCUUCUUGGUGAUGAAGAAGGGAGGCCGAGGCGCCGCCAAGAUCGAGGCGUCCCCGCACAACUAAACAAGCCCCCGCCCUCCCCCCGGGGCGCACCGGCCGGCCCGGGCCCCUGUUACCCCCUGACCAAACACCCCCGAGAAAAAAAAAACCGAAACCCCCAGUUGCACCGUCUAACUAGUUUCACGCUA